AUGGAGGGGUCCAACGAUGCAUUCCACAGGAUUGGCUAUGCGAUGGACACCGGAUGUGACAACCAGUGUCUCGCGCCAGGACAGUUGUGCAAUGGGGUGCAGGAUUGCCAAGACGGUUCAGACGAACAAGCUGAUAAGUGCCUCCAUUCAGACCGUAAUCGAGGCAGUUCCCAGUCACUUGUGGCCAAGAUACAAGUGUCGAAGAAUAUCUCCGAUGGAAAUGAAACCGAGCCAGAUGCCACCAAAACAAUCACGACCACAGCUUCUCCGAAUUUGACAAAUACAACGGCAGUUACGUCAACUACAACGACGGCUAACAGAACAACAGCAAGAGUAUUGGUUUUAACAGCAACGGCUAAAGCGGAAAUCUAUCCAGAGAAUACUUCAAAGUUGCCCAAUGGCUCAGAAAUCGUUUUCAGUGCAAACAACGCCACACCUCUUCCUAAUAUGGAGCACCAGGCUACUACACCCACGUACUUGAAGUUCUUAAACUUCUCAUUUCUAGAACCCGUGCGCAGCAUCGUUUCUCAGAAACAGGCUCAAGUAGAUUGGAUAGUUCCGGAAUCAGCUAGGCAAUCCACCACACGGUUAAUGGCAAAAACUUUUCGUUCUUUGACGACCGAGAAACCAGAUAUUGGCUUAGUACGGAAGAGGAGAGAAGCCAAUAUGACUAUAGAAGGCGAGCCGAUGAGUAAAGAGGAAGAGCAGCCGACGAAUCCACCAGCCCCAAGACCCAUUGUUCCGCAAGCAGUUGAAGAAACAGAGCUGGAACCAGUGAAGUCAGUCGUAGGAGUGCCGAUAAAACCAAUGAAUCUGUAG